AGUUGAUGUUGACGACCUUCUCCAGAUAGGAACUUAGCUGUACUUCAUAUCUCAAUUCCAGAUUUACACAUUAGACAUAAAUGAUUUCUUCAUUCUACAAAACAACUUAACAAUUUAAGAGGAAAGAAAAAACAAAGAAAAGCAAAUAUAGUAGAGAAAUGGAAAAUAGUAAGAAAAUGGAGGGGAAGACAUACUGCGUAACAGGGUCAACUGGUUACAUUGGAUCAUGGCUCGUCAAAUCUCUCCUCCAAAGGGGCUGCACAGUUCAUGCCACUUUCCGCAAUCCUGAAAAGGUAUCCCAUUUCUUGAAAGUGUGGCGAAACCGGGACCGAUUGAGUCUCUUCAGGGGUGAUUUACAUGAAGAUGGCAGUUUUGAUGAGGCAGUAAGAGGCUGUGAUGGUGUGUUUCAUGUUUCAGCAUCCAUGGAGUUUGAGGUGUCUGCUCCACAAAAUCUCGAUUACUUGAUCAAGCAAGCUCAGAAUUGUUCAAUCCAUCAAAAGAGCCAUGUCAAGACACAAAUCACAGAUCCAGCUGUUGAAGGGACUUUGAAUAUACUAAAAGCUUGUUUAAAAGCCACUACUGUUAAGAGGUUUGUGUUCACAUCAUCAAUAAGCACAUUGACUGCAAAAGACAGCUCAGGACGAUGGGUACCGGUAGUAGACGAAUCUUGCCAGACACCUGUUGAUCAAGUUGUAAAGACCAAAGCCAGCGGUUGGGUGUAUGCGCUCUCUAAGCUUUUGACAGAAGAGGCAGCAUUCCAGUUUGCAAAGGAGAAUGGCAUUGAUCUGAUAUCAGUGAUAACAACAACUGUUGGUGGUCCUUUCCUUACUCCUACAGUUCCAACAAGCCUUCAAGUUCUGCUUUCCCCUCUAACAGGUGAUCCGAAAUUUCUCCCCAUAUUUACUUCUGUGAACUCAAGAAUGGGAUCAAUCGCCUUGAUCCACAUAGAAGACAUAUGCAAUGCGCAUAUAUUCCUUAUGGAGCAUGUGGAUGCUGAAGGUCGAUACCUAUGCUGCACUCGGAGUUGUGUUGUGUCUGAACUGAUUGAGCUCCUCAGAAAAGAGUACCCUUGAGAUCAUCCUAAAACAUUUCUGGAACAUUCUAAUUCAGAUUUCCAUUCCUAUUUUUAUUCAUUUUUGUAGGCUUGACAGCAUGGAGCAGGACUCAGUCCCUAGCAUAAUCUCUUCGAAGAAGAUUAGAGACAUAGGAUUUGAUUUCAAGCGAAGUGUUGAAGAUAUCAUCCAUCAAACUGUCAAGAACUGUGUGGAUUAUGGCUUCCUAUUACCCCUUUAAAAGUCAUGAUAGUAUCACGAAUAUUGAAAUGUAGAGAAUUUGUGAACAGAUUAGAGACCUGUUACGAUAAUUCUGUUAUUAAAAUGUUGCCUCGUAGUGUCCCCUCCAGCAAUUGUCCGCCGGCGAUGCCAAAAAGUUGUUGUUUAAAAGCUACUAAUACUUUAUUCGUCCCAUUAAUAAUGAGUUACUUUUUUUUUUUUUUGA